CUUCCCGUCUGCAUUAUCAGUUCUCUUUCUUCCUGCCUUUGUUGAAUCCUGGAAGUUCUACCUUUCUAAUCUGAGGACCCUCCGUCCCUAACAGCCAGGCCUUGGGAGUUAAUAAUUACAAAGACUAAUUACUUCUGGUGCUGCCUGGCAAAGCUGGAGAUCUUUCCCCUCCUCCCAAAAGUUCCCUGAAGAUAACAAAGGUUACGGCCAUCGACACAAACCUCCUGGACUCUUUGCUCCGAGACUUCAGAGCAUGGAGACAGCAUCUGUUGUCACUGUGGAUCCUGGCCACCAGACAGGGCAGGGCUGUAGAUGACAUGGACCCCCAGGAGAAGCUGGGACAGGGAAUUUCUCCCCGUGUAGGACCUACAGUGGUGCUCUGUGAUGGAUACAAGGAUCACCAUGUCUAACUUGCCUGCCUGUGGUGUUGUGUCUGGUGGCGAGGCAGAGGAUGGAGCAGCUGAGACCAGGGAGGGAGCUGCUGCUGUGUGCGAAGGCUUGGAGGGGAUGCCACCACCUGGAGGAAAGCCCAAGGCAAUGGCAAGCCAGGCCAAUUUUGAGGAAGAGAGCCAGAAGCAACCCGCUGUGGGACACUGGAAGACACUAAUGCCAUCCAAAGGCAGCAAGGAGGAGCCAGAGACUGCAUGCCAGGAUGCUGAAGGUGUGGAUGAGACCCAGUCCACUGAGCAGCUCAACGUGUCACGUCUACGCAGCUCUUCGGUGGAGAUCCGUGAAAAGGGGUCUGAAUUCCUGAAGGAAGAGCUGCACAAAGCACAAAAGGAGCUGAAGCUGAAGGACAAAGAAUGUGAGAGAUUGUCCAAAGUCAGAGAACAACUGGAGCAGGAACUAGAGGAGUUAACAGCCAGCCUAUUUGAGGAAGCGCACAAGAUGGUGAGAGAAGCAAACACUAAACAGGCGGCGUCAGAGAAACAGCUGAGGGAGGCACGGGGAAAGAUCGACAUGCUGCAGGCAGAGGUAACAGCCCUGAAGACGCUGGUGAUCACAUCCACACCUUCCUCUCCAAACCGGGAGCUGCACCCUCAGCUCCAGAGCCCUUCUAAAGCUGUCUUCAGGAAGGGCCAUGGGCGAAACAAGAGCACCAGCAGCGCCAUGGUCUCAGCUGCCAGCCAGAAUGUGACUCCAGAGCCAGUCAGUCAUGAGCGCAAAGAGGUCGACUCCAUUUUAUUUGCUGAGUUCCAGGCCUGGAAGGAAUCUCCAACUUUGGAUAAAUCCUGCUCCUUCCUGGACAGAAUUUAUCGAGAAGAUGUAGGACCUUGUCUGGACUUCACAAAGCAGGAGCUGUCGGAGCUGGUGCGAGUGGCUGUGGAGCAGAACACACUCACCAUUGAGCCCAUUGCUUCCCAGGCACUGCCGGUGGUGAAGGUGUCAACAGAAGAGUGUGGUGGCCCAAAUGGGUUCCGGUCACAAAUUGUAACGUUUGGUCCCCAACCAGCAUGUUUGCAUCCCAUUGGGAAAGCUGAUACAUCUGAGCAGGAUUCCUUCAGGAAAAGCCUUGCCUGGAACAUGGAGGAGAUGUGCAGAGACCAGAUGAUGUUGGUUACACUCUGCUCCAGUCUCACCUCUUUAAUAUUUUCUGUGGUUUGGACUUGGGCUGUCUGCCAGGAAAAGGGAAAUGUGCUCUCAGUGGCCUCCCCAGGACCUGCAAGCACCGCAUCAUGCUGGGGGAUUCUGGGAAUUACUACUACAUUUCACCAUCCUGCAGGGCCAGGAUCACAGCUGUGUGCAACUUUUUCACAUACAUCCGUUACAUCCAGCAGGGCUUGGUGAGGCAGGACGUGGAGCUGAUGUACUGGGAGGUCAUGCGGCUCCGGAGAGAGAUGUCUCUGGCCAAACUGGGGUUUUAUCCCAGUGAGAUGUAAGCAGAGGCCUGGACAUGGAAGAAAACAGCUCCUGUAGGAACAGCUUGUCAAACGCAGUCUCCAAACAGAUGAACACCAUGCCUCUCCUGCAGUGGGCCUUACUGCCUCCCUGCCCUCCCUCUGCCCUGCCUGAAGCUGAGCAAGGAGCAAGAAGCACAAGUUCCACCUUCAGCUGUCCCACAUCUCCAACUGUGACUGGAAUUCAGCUUCCAAGCCACCCCCUCAGAGCCGGGCUGGCCCUGGCCACUUUGGGGUGACUGUCUACGGACUGUCCUCUGUGGAGUCUCCUAUAUGCAGUUGUAUAUCCAUUUAUUUUUUAUUUUAAAACUUUUGGUUUUAUAUGCAGUCUGCUUUGGCAUAGCCUGAGGCCGGCCCCGUGCAAGGCAGGACUCCUGGACCUUCUUUGUAGGCAAGUCUUUCAGGACAGAUGCUGGCUGUCUGUCCAUCUGUCCCCCUCCUUUUGGGGUGGAGGGUGCUGUGCCCAGUCCUGCUGGCCACUUGCUCCCCUGAUGGGCCAGUAAAUGCCAGCAGCACACAAUAAUCUUUCGGAGAGCCAUGAACAGCCUGUUUCCAAGUACUUCCUUGCUCCUUUUAAAGGAGCCCGCAAGAGAAGCUUUCUGCCAACUGAGUCACAAAGAGGGAUUUGUUUCUGGUUUUAGCUUGCAAUUUGGUGUUGGGUAAUCCAGGCUGGGGGAAUGGCUGGAGCAGAGGCAGGAGCUGUGCACCUGGGGCCUUCAGCAGAAGAAAGCAAGUGGGGAAAUCACAUAACUCACAGCUGGCCACAGCUUGGCUGCAGGAUGUUUUCUCCUGGUCUAGAGAAUCUGCUGCCGUUGUCACAGGCCGACGUGGACCUUGACGUGCGGUGGUCUGUGACAGUCCAUGGUGCAGAAGUCCCCCAUGGUGCUCUUAGAUACAAACCUCACCCACAAACAUGCCUCUGAGCUGGUCCUGCUCUGGAGGAGCUUUGGGUAGGACUGGUCCCACCGUUUAGAUAGAAACUGUGGUCCCAGGCUGGAUUCUUUAUAUCUUCAGAAGGAUCAUGCCUGGGGUGGGCACAGCCUUGAGGCCCUGAGACUUCCUUCCCAGUAUUACAUCAGACCUAGAGAUGCACAUCCACUGGGAAACCCAGAUUCUCCUGGGCUGCAAUCCCCAAUAAGGAUGCUUGAGACAUUUUUGUGUGCACGUGUGAGGGAUGUGGCCAAGGUUCCUGUACACCUCAAAAUGUGCUGGGAAGGGUGUCACUAAAGCUGUUGGAACAUGGAAGCCCACUAUAGCUUGAGCUCAGGCCCAGGUUUGUCAGUACAGAACUGUGCAAAAGCCAUGACAGUGUUUUGUAGCCAAUUUAGCCUUUUUUUCAGUGACUCUGGAAUCAGCUCAGCCAGCACCCAACCUGGGGUCUUCAUCUCACCUGGCAUUUCUGCGCUUUUGACUGGCACGUCGCCCUGUCUCUCUGCCAUCUAACUCCCAUCUCAGCAAGUUGGUGCCCAGAACCAGCUCCAUGAAGUUUCAUCCCCUCCUGAGAGAUGCUGCAGUAGGAACUCUGUUAUCGUCCGCGGAAGAAAACUAACUGAGCUGCUGUGGUUUUGACUAGGGGAGGGUGGAACAGACAGGGAAGGCAAAAGUUUGGUUUGGAACCUCAUGCAAGGACAUCUUUACUGCAGAUCUGGGAGAACCUUCCUGUAGAAGACUCCUGUGAGCACAAGCUUUCCUGUCACUGAGCACACUCACGAUACGCUGCCGAGUUGCUCCUCAGGGGACUCCUUUCCUUGUAGCUAUAGUGGCACAUGGUAUUGUUUGCCAAGGGUUAGGAGCAGUGUGAAACAUGAGUUGUCAUCCCCAGAGCUGGGAGAACACGUUCCUGACAAUGCAUACGAGCUUGGAAUCCAGCUCAGAAAGGGCUGACCUAUAAGUCCAGGUUGUUGUAACAUCCCAGUUGUGCUUUUAUUUCCCACAGUGGGAGCUCACGCUGCUCACCCUCCCCAGAUGAGCGAGUACAUCUACUUUUCACCAAAGGAACGUGUUCCAAAUGUGGAGUAAAAGCCAGAAAUAUACAUCCAGAGUCCGGCUGGGUCUUGAGCUAGUGAUAAACCUGCAUCUCUUUGGUGUCUGCAGGCUUGUGGCGAUUUGAUAUCAGCUUUUCCAGAGGACAAAAUAGAAAUGUCUGUCCCCAGCUGCAGAUUUCAGCUCAGGUAAAUUCCAUCCCUGGCAGUUUCUCCUUGUAUCUGUUCUCCCUUCCCCACCUUUUGGUGUCCAUGUGUCAUCCUGUGCCGUUAACUGCUACGUUGCACAACAGACGUGGCUGCGUUGCAGCGCUGGGAAUGAGAUGAUCUCUCUGUGUAGGAGAUGUUUUGGUUUGUGGGAUUUUCUUCCCCCCUCCCCUCAACCUCCCUCAGUGUCACUUUGUGAAGCACUUUUGAGAUGAAAGGAAUUAGAGAAAUGCAUUGUGUAAGGUUGUCUUACCUUUAAAACAAAGCAGAGAGAACAAUUUUGUAGAUGAAUAUGAAGUCACUCCGUUAACAGCGGGAUGGUUGCACCCUGCUCUUUAUUAAAGGAAAAAAAUAAACAUUUGUUAUUAACCUCUU